CCUGAUGUGGAGUGGGGACUGGGAUGCAGAGAAGAGCUCAUUAAUGACGCAAAAGACCUGUUGCAUGACAGCAUCCUGAAGCACCUCAUCUUGGCCUUUCAAGAGCUGGGAAUAGAGAUGUCCAUUGGAGGCCCGGCAGAAGAUGCGCUUGGGAGCAUUGAUUCCUCCAACAAAGGCCAAUUCAGAUUGGACAGCCAGGAGGCGGGGAACAUGAUUUUUACAGACCUCAUAGAACCUCACUACCAAUCCUCAGGGGUCUGCGGGUUAGCAUCUCUAUGGCUGCGAGGACAAGGCAAGGCAGAAGUGAACACUGUGAUAGCCAAGGCACUUCUGGGUCUCCCAUCCUACAAGUUUGUUCCACUUCUGCCACAGCUUACAGCACAUCUCACCCCUUUCAUAUUCAGUAUACUCCUAUAUGAGAAUCAUGGCUCACGGAUGAGUGGACAAGUCAUCCUUGGCCAGUGCUCCAUGCUGAAGCAGAAGACAAAGAAGAUGACAGAGAAGGAAGCAGAGACAUAUGACAGUGUGUGGAACUUCCACAGCAGCUACAUCUGCCAUGAACUCUCGCACCAUUUCAUCCACCUCUUUGAGCAAUGCAGUCACCAUCACAGGAUCCACAUGAAUCAUUACACUCUCCUCUCCAUCACCCUGUUUCUUCUUUGGAUGAUAUCCAAUGAUGAAAUUGAUAUCUCACCAGACCCAAAUCAUGUGUGGGCGCUUGAUGUUUUCAGAGAUCAUGUCAAGAAGGACGUGAAGUUUGAUUUCCACCUUCCUGCGCUUGGAUGGCUUGGUGGAAUCCAAGAGAGUUGUCAGAUCCAGAAGGGAGUGACCGAGAGUGAUGGAGACGUGAACCCAUACGAUUUCGAGAGCAAACGGGAUCUCCCAUCAAAAAUUCAAUGCAUCAUGAGGUUGAACGACACGAUUCAUAAGCAAGUUGGAUUUUCUGUUCGUCAGAAAACAGCAAUGGAGAUGAAAUCAUAUGGCCAUGAUGCACCAAACCUUGAGACGGCCUUGGUAGUCCUUCCUGGUGAUGCGCAGCAAUGGAACCAAGAUAUCCUGGGCCAAGCUGGACACCUGAUGCCAAGGUCUCUGUUUGGGCCAGCAGUCCAGCCACGUGACAUUCAUACCACAAUCCCCAAGCCCGCCUCCCUAUUGCGGAUCGCCAUCGAUGAC